CUCACUCCCUCCCCCUUCUUCCUAUCCUCCCUGUCACCCUCCCAACUCUCUCAGAGGCUCUCCCUCUCAGGCAAGCUCCUCAGUUAAAGAUGGCAUGAGCACACUGUCACCCAUCCUGAGCUUGUGGAGCAUUUUUUCCCCCUCCUUGUUUUCUCUCUUUCUCUCACUUUCCCCUCUGUUUCUUCUUCCCCUCUGUUUUCCUCUGAUCCCUCCACCUCUUUGCUCUACACGGGUCCAGUCCAGAGGGUGAAGAGGAGGGGAGGGUGGUAGACGUAGGCUGACCUCUCCCCUCUUCCCUCCUCACACCCGCAGGGCCCAGAGCGAGCUGGAGCAGGGAGCCGUCUGAUGACUUACACCAACAACGGGCUCCUUAACCCGGCCGACCACAGCCCGAUCCCCCCACUCGCCCCCUCCCUGCCUCCUGUAAGCCAGACUCUUCUUCUCUGAGUCAGUGGAAGAGAGAUCCAGGACCAUGUUUGGAUUAAAGACUCCACACUUCUACCACCCAGGUAUGAACCAUGAGUCCAAUAAAUCACCAUCAUUAGGAAUGAUCUCCACGGCAACUCGCACCACGGCUACUGUCAGUCCCCUCAGCCCACUAACCAAUGGGAACGCAGUUGCCCAAUCUGCAAACUCCGGAUUCGCUGCUGCCCUGCGUAAACUGGCCAAACAGGCUGAAGAUCCCAGAGGUUCUGCCAUCAGCGGUGAGUCUUCUCCAGUCUCUUCCCCGGCCACCAGCCACAGCUCGCCAGUCACCACCCCUAAGCGGGGCUCAUUAGGGCCCCUCCUGGGCCAGACCAGGGGCCACGGUGUCCCCAGCACCCCUCCGGUAGUCACCAUUGCCCCAACCAAGACCAGCAACGGCCUGUGGCGGGCCGACGGACGACAGGUUGAGCCAAGUGUUCAGGGACUCAGUAGGGAGCGGGUGGGUGCUGAGAACACCCAGCCACAACAGGAUAAGAGGACUCCGCCCACCCAUUCACCACACCCCCUGGCUCACCCCUUUGGCCUCACCCCCAGCUCUGUCAUGCAGGACCCCAGAAUACAGAGCCUUAGUUUGCCCGGCCAGAUGCACCCCGUGGUUCCCUCGGGUGCCGUCCCAGAGGAGUACCUGAGAGCGCUCCGGCCCUUCGCCACCUCAGAUGACCUCCGUCUGACCUCUCUACCGCUGAGUCUGGACCCUGCUGCCGCUGCCCACGCUGCAGCUGCUGCUGCUUACUAUCAUCCUGCCUACCUGCACCACCCACUGUCCUUACCAAGGAUGGAGGAGUCCCUGUGUCUUUCUGCGCUGCGGUCGCAGUUCUACUCUGUGCCUGCAGGGGGCGCCUUCUCCCCACUUCACCCUUCUGCCCUCCACUUGCACCUGCCUGGAGGCCGCUACCCUGGAGAACUGAACCACACAGCAGCGCUGGCUGAGAGGCUACAGAUGGAGAAUGAGCUCCGCCAGCGAGAGAGAGAGCAAGAGCGUGAACGAGAGAAAGAAAGGGAGCGCGAGGCAGGGCUGGAGCGAGAGCGGGAGAGGGAGAGAGAGAGGGAGGAGGAGCGGGAGAGAGAGCUGGACAGACAGAAGGAGAGGCAGAGGGAGAGACAGCAGCAGAUGGUCAGAGCGGCCGAGAGCCACUACCUGGCUGAGCUGCAGGCUCGGAGGGCACCACCGGAGGACAGGGCCAGGCCAGGGGAGAGGCUGACCCCGAACAGACUGGAUAAAUCCAAGGACUCAGAGCACCCAGGUUUCCCAGCACCCAAACCUCUGUCCCUGCAGCCUGGUCUUCACUCCUCCAGGGGCUCUAUCCCACACCCUGUGCCCAGCCUGGUGCCUUCUCACCUGGGGAAGCAUCAUGCCUCUGCUGGGGGGAUGCAUGGAGCUCUGGCAGCCGCCAUGAUGACUCAGAGGGCCAGUGAGUCGGCGUGGUUAUCUCGACAACGAGGGCAAGGGCAGGAGAGGGAGGGUCUGCCCGAGAUGGGCCUCAGGUCACCUGGGAAAGGGGUGGAGCUGAGGAGAGACAGCCACAGAACCAAUUCAAUCCAUCACAACCCAGGCAGCAAAGAUGGGCCUCCCUGCCUCGGUGCUCCACCUCCCCUUAUCUCCCCUAAAGGUCCUCAUCAUCCUCCUGCCCCUCCGACUACACUGUGGAACCCGGCCUCUUUUGUUGACACCCCCGCAGACUCGCACAGAAAACUGAACGCUCCUACACCACCAAAUCGGCCGCCUCCGGGACUGACCAGAGCCGACAGGCCCCCCCUGAGCUGGGGGGAGAAGCUGGAAGAAGGAAGCAGGAGGAGGGCGGAAGGCACGGAGAGGUUCACCUCACUGAGGGGAGCUAGUUUACAAGAAGCAGGUUCCUGGAACAAGGGAGAGCAGGACAGAGCCAUCCAGAGCCUCUAUCACCGGCACCACAUCAGUAACCUCCAUCAGAGAUCCUGUGCACCUCCGUCUAUUCCCGGUACCUGUGUUGACCUGGUGGGACGGUGUCAGGCAGCCUCUCCCUCUCCGGUGAGAGAGCGACAGAGUCAGCUGCCAGACAGCAUGCUGGUGUACGAUGAGGUUCUUCAGCAGCACCGCCGCCUGCUCAGCAAACUGGACCUGGAGGAGAAGAGGAGGAGGGAAGCCAGAGAGGGAGGUUAUUAUUGUGACCUGGACGAGUCAUAUGAUGAGAGUGAUGAGGAAGAGGUGAAAGCACAUUUGAAGAGAGUCAUAGAACAGCCUCCACUGAAACUGGACACAUCCUCCGAGAAAGUGGAUUUUCUGCGUGUGUGUGGUCUGACCACGCUGGCCCAGCGCGAUGAGGUUUUGGCACGAAAGAGGAGGAAGAGGAGGAGGAUGAUGAGAGAGCGCAGCCUCUCUCCGCCAGCAGUUCGGGGCAAGAGAAAACCUUCUUCACCUUCAACACAUACAACUCCCUUAACUACCCCGUACUCUGCCGAGCAGAUGGACAGCGCCCCCGAACUGGAUGAGAAAAAAGACUUCCUCCUUAUGUUCAACCUCUCCCAUGUCAGCCCACAGCAGAGGAGAGAUAAGGAGAGGACAGAGGAGCUGCUGAGGGCCAUUCAGAGGAAGACUGUGACAUUAGACACCCUUAGAUAUAAUCCUUUGCCUCUGUGCAAAAGUCCUCCCGCUCCCUCAACUGGUGACUCUUCAUCAGCCCCUCUGCCGAGUCAAUCAAAUGGACAUCUGUACCCUGAGUCUCCCAGCCCCUCCCCUCCCUACUCACACAAACCCAAACAUCUCCCCCAUAACGACACAUUCAAGAGCUCCAUGGACACCCACGUGCCCCGCAUCCCUCCAAGCUUGGCCCCUCAUCAUGAAAAGGCUGAAUUUAUGGAGGCUCAGCCAAACAGGAAGCUCCAUGGCCUCCAGAACGGCAUUGCUGCUUCUCCUCAGAAAAAGGAGUCCAAUCCUGUGCAGAACGGACGGAAUCGGCCCUGGGAGAGGUUCACACCUGAGGCCUUCGCUCAGCACUUCCACCAGGCCGUGCUGCAGUCCACACACAGCACACUGCAGAACAAAGGAGCAUCAAAUGAGGCCGGCUUGAAGGCGGACCGCUCGUUGCCUCACAACGUCUCUCAGCUGAAAGGUUCAACUCUUAACCAUGCCCCUCAGCACGCACACAUCAACGGCCAUCAUUUCCAUUCCCUUGUAGCCAGCAGGGACACGCCAGGACUGCGGGAAAACCUGUCUGAUGAGGAUGAGGAAGAGUCUGGUCAGGAUGAGGAAGAGGAGGAGGAGGAGGAGGAGGAAAUGGAAGAAGCUCCAAGGAAGUGGCAGGGUAUUGAAGCUAUAUUUGAUGCCUACCAGGAGUAUGUGGAUGAAUGGAGUAUAGAGAGGCAGGUUCUUCACAGUCAAUGUAAAAGACUUGAAGCACAGAAUUACAAUCUGACCAGAACUGCAGAGCAGCUCUCUCUUAACAUGGGGGAGCUGGUGAGUCAGAGGCAGAAGGUGAGAGAGGAGAGAGAGAGACUGCAGGCUCAGCUCGAGCACUUCAGGAGGUGUUUGACACUACCUAACAUUCACUGGGGCAGGGGGCAAGUCAACGGCCACACGCCGAGGUGACCUCUGACACCAACUCCCUGACGGAUACGCGAAGGAGCAGUAACAAGAACAAGACGGACUGGAGCCAGACCACUCUCUGCACUCGAAGCACUUGAAGGAACCAGUCCUUGUCUUGUUACGCCUUCUGGCCAAUCAGUUAUGUUACUGUCUGGUUCCAGAUUCAACUGAAUACCUGCCAUGUUUGCCGCGGUAAACAUAAACCAUGGUGACCAUAUAGUGUGGGCAUUCCCGCUCUCUCUCAUUCUGCCCAUGGAUUGUAACAACACUGUGUAGGCAAAACAGCAUCUUUGUCAGAGUAACGCUUACCACUCCCACUAGUCCCAGAGUUACUUCUGAAGGAGCAGUGUUUAGGUUUUUGGGGGGAUCUACUUGCAAAAAUGGAAUAUAAUAUUCAUAAUUAUGUUUUCACGUGUGUAAUCACCUAAAACUAAGAAUCAUUGUGUUUUCUUUAGCUUAGAAUGAGACCGUCAUAGAUACAUAGACAGCAGGCCCUCUUCUGCAGCACCAUGUUUCUAACCCAAGCCCAGAUAGAGCUUUUAUUUUCUGCCCGAACCUGAUUGUGUCUGACAUGACCCUCCAGGUUCCGGCUGAGCUGGGCUUUAAUUUCUCAAUUUUCCCCCGGGUUUGAAUCAGGUCGGAUAAUUGGAAAUUUGCUGACUUUAAUUUACGUAAGCUUGUAAUAAAUAUUUUAAUAUUACAUGUUUAUUAUUUUUUGAUAAUUUGGCCUUGGGCACAAACAAUGCUGCCAUGGUUAGGGGUUGUGUCCAGCUUAGACAAGAACUAUGUGGGAUCAUGUCAGGUCCAGCCUGAUAUUUUGACCCAUAGCUCUAAGCCCAUAAAAAACAAACCAAACACUGACUCAGUAGAGAGGGCCUUUUCCUAUUACAUUACCUGAAGGCUGUAGUAGGUUCUUCCACAUGUUUGGAAAAGUAGGGAAGAGGAGGGUUAUUCAGUUGGUGGCAAAUUUCAACCUCACCACUAGAUGUCACUAAAUCCAACACAGUGCUCCUUUUAGCUCAUAUCAUAUACAUUUUUGCAUAAAUGGCAUUGAUCCGUGAUGUAUCACUCAGCACAAAUCUGUAGCCUCUCUGGACAGAAAUGAGAAGAGACUAAGCGGUCACUUGGUUGCUACUCAGAGAAUGAAAAUUGAGUCAAGGAAUCAAAGCACACCUCAGGCCUUAACUUGAUAGGAUGCACUUGAAGUAUAAUUGGAGGAAAUACUUGACCGUCCUCUGUGUGGUAUAAUGUUGUAAUGUGUACUUAGCACCGUAUCUGGCAGAUGCAGCAGUUUGUGUGCUGAUAAAGCUUCUGCAGAGGGUAGGAAACAUCUAAAAGAUAUUAUCUAUAUAAUGGCAAAUAGUAUCAAUGAAGUUUUUUGAGGUUUAAUAAAUUUUCCAUUGGUAAUGUCACUUGUGAUAGAAGAAGAAUUUUGUAUGUUUUAUUGUUUUAACAAUCUCUUGUGGGAAGCCAUACUGUUUGUUUUGUUUGAAUCACUGCUGGUCAGACUAAAAAAAAAAGUUUAGAAAAUGAAGGAUAUUAGGGCAGUUGUAUUUGAAAAAUGUUACGUGAUGUCAAAAUGUUUAGGGGUUGACCAAGAUGCACUGGGGGUGGAAGGCAACAUGGCAAAUGUCAGAAUUUGUCACACAGCAUUAUCAAGUUGUCAUGACGUUUGCGCAGAUGGUUUAUCCCAGAGUCUGUCCCUCCUCAUGCCUAAAAAUGUUGAUAAAACUUGAAGAGAAUAAAAGUUGUGAUAUUUUUAAAAGACCUUUUAGACAUUCUACACCUUUUCUUUAUAAUUGGCAUCACUUGAGUGAGACAACAGUUCUUUUAGAGAUAUUGUCCAACCAUACAAAUGUUUUCAACUAUUUGAAGGUCAUUUUUGCUAUUUUUAAAAACAAUGUUAAAUGAUUUGUCAAGGACACCUAAAAGCCAAAUUAUUAUUCAGUUCCAUUUCAAUACUGUUAAAACUGAUAAAAUCUUUUCACUUGAUACUCGUAGAGCACUUGAAACAAAUCUCUAAUGGUUUAUAGAUUACAUAAACAUCAGAAUGACAGUUUCCCUCUGUGGAUAACAAUAAACUACAACUUCUCUUUUGAUUAUUUUUUUUGUGUACAACCCAGAUAAAACAAAUGUCACAAAUUCAUAAUUUCUGCCCCUUUCCCUCUGAAUUUUUAAUUCCCAGGUCCCCUUUCCUACAAGCACAAGCUACAGUAGCAACCACCAUACUCUCCUGUGUCAGCUGUUCAGUCUCCUCUACAAACUUUCUGUGGAAACCCGCAUAUUUGUUUCAAUCAGUUGUCAUGUAAUGUAUAAUUUGGGCUGUAAAAAUUGUGAUGAAUUAUUUAUUAACAUAUAUUGCUGUACAUUCUGAUGGAAAUUUACAUUAAAAUAUUUGUAAAAUGUC